CAAAAAGUCAAUGGAAAAUAUUAAAAAAGAGAAAACUAAAUGAAUUUUCUUUUCUCAGCGUUUAGCACCAUUAAUUAUCACCACAGCAGUAAUGAUAGUUGCAUAAGAAGAAAAAAAGGACUACCAUGGGCUCUGCUUCUGACGAUCAUUCUCCAGAAUCAUCAACUUGCAUUGAUGAAGAAGGAGGCGGAGGAGGCUCCGUUCAUGGAGGGAGAGGAACCUGGAAGCAUGGUGCAUUCCAUGUUGCUACUACAAUUGCUACGCCAGCGGCUUACGCUCCACUUCCAUUUGCUCUCGCCUCUCUGGGUUGGCCACUCGGUGUAAGCAGUUUGGUGGGUGCAACUUUGGCCACAUGGUACUCAAGUCUUUUGAUUGCAUCCCUAUGGAGAUGGAACGGGGAGAAGCAAACUACAUAUCGGGAACUCGCAAGGAGUAUCUUUGGGCCCAAGGGUUAUUGGUCUAUUACAUUUUUCCAACAGGUGGCUUCUCUAGGUAAUAACAUUGCCAUCCAUAUUGCUGCUGGAAGUAGCCUAAAGGCAACUUACAAGUAUUAUCAUAAGGAUGGGACCUUAACCUUGCAGCAGUUCAUUAUUUUCUUUGGGGUCUUUGAAUUACUCCUGUCACAGUUCCCAGAUAUUCACUCACUUCGGUGGGUGAAUGCAUUGUGUACUUUCUGCACAGUAGGCUUUGCUGGAACAACAAUUGGUAUGACUAUCUAUAAUGGGAAGAAGAUUGAUAGAAAGUCAGUUCGCUAUGGAUUACAGGGAAGCUCUUCGUCUAAGGCAUUCAAAGCCUUCAAUGCUCUUGGGGCAAUUGCCUUUUCAUUUGGAGAUGCAAUGCUUCCAGAAAUACAGAAUACUGUCAUGGAACCUGCAAAGAAGAAUAUGUAUAAAAGUGUGUCUGCAGCAUAUUCAAUCAUUGUUUUGAGUUAUUGGCAGAUAGCCUUCAGUGGUUAUUGGGCAUUUGGGUCAGAGGUUCAGUCCUACAUCCUCUCUUCUCUCACAAUUCCAGGGUGGGCAAUUUUCAUGGCUAACAUCUUUGCAGUGAUUCAAAUAUCAGGAUGUUUUCAGAUAUACUGUAGGCCGACUUAUGCCUAUUUCGAGGAAAGAAUGCCAUCCAACAAAACUGACAAAUGCCUAAGGAUGAGAAGUUAUCUGCGACGCCUCAUUUUCACUUCAGUUUACAUGGUCAUCAUAACAACUGCUGCUGCUGCCAUGCCAUUCUUUGGGGAUUUUGUUUCUAUUUGUGGAGCCAUUGGUUUCACUCCUCUAGACUUUGUCUUCCCUGCUAUAGCAUUUCUGAAAGCUGGGAAAAUGCCCAAAAACAUAAAACUUCGCCGUUUAGUGCAGGUCCUUAACCUCACCAUUUCUGCUUGGUUCUCUGUUGUUGCAGUAUUGGGUUGCCUUGGUGCAGUAAGGUUCAUCAUAAAGGAUAUUAAGACUUACAAGUUCUUUUAUGAUAUAUAAAUAUCUC